AUGUUAGGUAGCCGAAUCCCUCGCCACAGACCCCGUGACCCCGUCUCUUCUCUCCAUCUUCUCAAAUCCAGCCAAGACCACCAGCCACCGUCCGCCUCUUCUCCGACACCGCCACACCAUCUCGUCUCUACCACCAUUGUCACACUGUCCCGCCUCUCCCACCAGCCACUGUCUCGCCUCUCCUCCGUCACGCCUCACCGCCUCGACGUCCCGCCUCACCCUCGCCGUUUCGACGUCCGGCCGGCUGCACUUGCAGAUUUAAAAGACGUGUGUAAUUUGCUUGAAAUCAGGUCGCGGGGCGGCCUUCCUGGAUCCGUGACGGGUCACGGGCCAGGUCGUGGCGCGGGGCAGGUUCGGGAACUGAACUACCCGGCCCGACCUGCCCCACUGGUGGAGCUACUCGCCAAGUUUCUGGAAUCAUCCCCCGAAAAGCAAAAUUCUUCUGCUCUGAACAAAAUACAUAAACCAAACAACAAUCAGGGGCAGAGUACUGCAACAGCAAUGGAGCAACAUUCGACCUCUGAAGUUGAACAAAGCUCUCUACAAGAAGCUUCUGUUUCUUCUUCAUCAACGUCCUGUCCUUCCCCUUCGCCGGAAAAUCUGAUGAAGCUUUUGCGAGGAAAGACAGACUCUCAGCGCCUCGCCGGCCUUCUUCUGGUCACCAAGCUCUGUGACAAAAACGAUCAGCGUACCAUUCUCGACGUCUACGAGGCACUCGGUUCCACUUUCCUCCACCGCCUCUUGCUUACUGGAAUGGGGAAAGGGAGUGGUGGUUGGGGUGACAGCGCCACUCGUGAGGCCUACCUGCGCCUGUCGGUGACGGUGCUUGCUGCAUUCGCUAGGGUUUCUCAGGUUGCCGCUAUGGAUGAGAUGCUAUCCAAAGUUCCCCUUAUUUUGGAGGUUCUGUCCAUGGAGUAUGUAAUUUACUACGUUGUUUCUGUUGCUUCUGUUGGUGAUUUCUCAUUAAAGUCUGGUUCAUCUGUCACUGACGAGUGCUAUGAGUUUCUAUUUUUGGUGACUGCUGCUCAUGAUGAUGGAGUGACAACUUUAUACAACUCUGGAGGCAUGAACGUUUUGGCAUCUCAAAUGCCUUGUUUGUCAAAUGGUUCCCAUGCAAUGGAGCUUGCCAUGAAGCUUGUUCAGUUAAUGAUAAGCAAGCUGUCAGGUGAAAAAGUUUAUGUUGAUCAUCCAUCAGAGCUAUCAAUGAUGGUGGCUGCAAUAGCAAAGCAAUUUGCUCUGCUACACAAUGCUUUGAAGUUUGAGGCACUUCACCUCCUCGUUGCUAUAUUGUCCUCAAAUUAUUCGGGAGCUCUGCAUGCUGUGCUUCGGUCAAUGGAAUGCAGCGACUGGUUAACUUGCAUUCGGAUUGGUGUAAUUGAUGUUUUACAGAAUCGAGUUGCUCCUGCUGAUAAAUUUCAGGCUCUUAUUCUUGUUGAGUGCGUCCUAUCAAUUGUUGGAGAAGAAUGGCUAAUUGGACCAACCACCUUCCUUGAUGCACGUAGUUCGUUCCCUGCUGACAGAUGUAUACUGCUGGUUUUGGAGACUUCGAGGGUGGAAAUUGCUGUUGUCCUAAAUGAGCUUGCAUAUUUAAAGUAUGAAACCUCUGAGAAUUCUUCACGGAGUGCUGAAGCCUUUAAACUUCGAAAACUGGGCAUUGCGUUCUCUUUGAUAGAGAAGAUUAUUAAACUGCUCUCAAACCUUGAAAGCGACGAAUCAAAUAUAGCUUCCUUGAUAAGCGAGAGCACCUCAACUAAGAUUAUCACCGGGCUCAAUGAAACAAUUGGUCUGGUCCUUGACUAUCUGCAAGAUGCCAAGGAUCAUGGGGUCCGAAAGGGGGAUGACCUUUUAGCUUCUGUCAGAAUAGUUGGGAGGAAUAUGUGUGAAGCUGUUCAUAGUUUCCGAUUGUCACUGUACUUUUGUUUCAGCUAUCUUGCAGAAGCUCCUUGUGCAUGCAGAGAGAAGAUUAAGGAACUUCUUGGUUAUUUGCUAUCUGUUGAAGAAGAAGAUGAGUCAAGCUCUUCGUGCUCUGUGACCUUUUUGCUCCCUAUGCUGUGUCAAAUAACUAUGGAUGAUGAUGGAUGCAAAUUAUUCGACUCCAAUGGAGCUUUUGGAGCUGUUGUUGAUUGCCUUAUUUCGUUAAUUCAAUCCAGCCGCUCGGGAUCUGAGAAUGGUGGUACCAUAUACUUGGCAUGCGAUACAAUUUUGAAUUUCCUUUUAAAGAGAGAGCAACUACAUUUUUACUUGGACAAUCGUACUACUGCCAAACUUUUGCUGGCGUUGCCAUGCUGGACAGAGUCUGCAAGUGAUCCAUCUGUGAUUAUGAUGGCGUCAAGCAUUUGCUCGUUAGUGCUUGGUUCGACUUCUGAGGAAUUUCUUCUUCGCCACCCAGAGUUUAAUAGUGAUAAUCUGAAUGCUCUAGCAAAGCUAAUAAAGAGAAGCUUGGUAACCAGUAGUCAGGAUCCUAUGCACGAUGAUAGCAACUCAGAGGCUGGUCAAGCUGAUCUUCAUCAGAUAGUUAUCUCAGGAUAUUCUUCUUGGUCAGAUCGGUUUCCCCUUAUCAAACAAGCGGUCGAGGGAUGAGCCAUUUGCUGAGAAUUCAUCUUGUUGUGUUCUAGUCUUUUUGUUUUCUUUAAAAUUAGUUUCUUUUUAUUUAUUUAUUUGUUUUUUUUUUNGUACAUUUUUGUAUAUUCAUAAUAUAUGUGGAAUUCAAACUUUUGUGUGAGUUGGUCGAACUGUUAGACAUCUAAAUCUAUCAUACUUACAAAAAAAAUACAU